AUGGACUCUCCGGGAGCCGAGCGCCCGCGGGGCUCAGACACAGAGCGCGGAGACGGGGGCGUGGUGGGGGACGAGGAAGCAGAGGACGCGGGGGCCCCGUGCGGGCGGCCGGGCGCACGUCCCCGGGAGCGCACCGAGGGCGCACGCGGCCCGGGCGGCAAGUCGGGGGGCUCGGGAGCCCCUGCGGCCAAGCCGCCCUACUCGUACAUCGCGCUCAUCACCAUGGCCAUCCUGCAGAGCCCGCGCCAGCGACUCACGCUCCGCGGCAUCUGCGCCUUCAUCCGCGGCCGCUUCCCCUACUACCGCCGCCGGCUCCCCGCCUGGCAGAACAGCAUCCGCCACAACCUGUCGCUCAACGACUGCUUCGUCAAGAUCCCGCGCGAGCCGGGCCACCCGGGCAAGGGCAGCUACUGGGGCCUGGACCCCGCGUCCCAGCACAUGUUCGACAACGGCAGCUUCCUCCGGCGCAGGAAGCGCUUCAAGCGCGCGCAGUCCGCCCCCGGGGAGCCCCCGGCCUGCGCUCCCCCCGCGCUCCUGCUGGCGCCCCCCGCCCAGCCUGGCCCCUCGCCCUUCCCGGGCCCCAGCUCGUGCGCGCUGCUGCACCCGCACCCUCUGCGCUACCUGCUGCUCCCCGCGCCCGCCUGCGCGGACCUGGGGACCCCUGGCGGCCUCCCGCCCGCGCCGUCCUCGCUCAGCUCCCGGGCCUGGGCCGGAGGGACGGUGCCCGCGCAGCGACCGGGGGGCGCGUGCAAGUCCUUCAGCAUCGAGAGCAUCAUGCACGGGGUGCGGGCAGGGCCCCCGAGCGCCGCGCAGCGGCUGCCCCCCGCCUCCUGGGGCUACUGCCACCUGCUGCCUCGCGCGUCGUGCCUGCUGCACCCCCAGAACGCGCCCUGGCUGCAGGUGGCCGCCGCCGCCCGGACGGCCCUGCAGCCGGACGGCGCCGGGGUCUGCGCUCCGGCCAAGGCCCAUGGCGCGGGGUUGAUGGCCGCGGGGGGCCCUGGCCACAGAGAGGGGACCUCGCCGGCCUUCUGA